GUGAUCCGCAAGGGCUGGCUCACCAUCAACAACAUUGGCAUCAUGAAGGGUGGCGCUAAAGAGUACUGGUUUGUCCUGACAGCGGAGAACCUCUCGUGGUACAAGGAUGACGAGGAGAAAGAGAAGAAGUACAUGCUACCAGUGGAUAACCUGAAACUACGGGAUGUCGAGAAGGGAUUCAUGUCCAGCAAGCACAUCUUUGCCCUCUUCAAUACGGAACAGAGGAAUGUUUACAAAGACUAUCGGCAACUGGAGCUGGCAUGUGAGACACAGGAGGAGGUGGAUAGUUGGAAGGCCUCCUUCUUGCGCGCAGGAGUUUACCCAGAACGUGUUGGGUCCAGCGAGUCAGAAGAGAAUGGAUCGGAUAGCUUGAUGCAUUCCAUGGACCCUCAGCUGGAGAGGCAGGUGGAAACCAUCCGGAACCUCGUGGACUCCUACAUGGCCAUCGUCAACAAGACCAUUCGUGACCUCAUGCCUAAGACCAUAAUGCACCUUAUGAUAAACAAUGUAAGCGUCUCAUUGAACAGUCAUCUAGAACUGUUGGCGAACCUGUACUCUUGUGGAGACCAAAACACCCUGAUGGAAGAAUCACCCGAACAGGCCCAGCGGCGCGACGAGAUGCUGCGCAUGUACCACGCCUUGAGGGAGGCGCUCAACAUCAUCGGAGACAUCAACACCACCACCAUCAGCACUCCCUUGCCCCCGCCGGUGGACGACUCCUGGCUGCAGGUGCAGAACAUACCGUCCGGACGCAGGUCUCCCACGUCCAGCCCUACACCGACGAGGAGAGCUCCGGCAGUCCCGCCGUCCAGGCCUGGAUCUCGAGGCCCGGCUCCUGGACCUCCGCCUGUUGGUGGUCCCACUCUGGGUGGUGCUCCUCCUGUGCCCUCUAGGCCAGGGGCCUCCCCGGAUCCUUUUGGGCCUCCCCCUCAGGUUCCAUCUCGACCCAACCGUGCACCUCCUGGUGUCCCCAGCCGGAAGGGCCCCGCUUCACCUACUCGACCCACCAUAAUCCGACCAUCUGAGCCGUCCCUCUUAGAUCUAUAACCCGAGGCCUGUAGACAGCUGGCGACAAGCACCGCACCCCACGGCUUCCUGGUCCCAGCCACCCAACCCCCGUUCCUCACAGGCACAUCCAUGCCCCCCUUCCCUUCCCCCAGCC